AUGACCUCCCAUCCUUCCUCAGGAUGGAGGCGGACCGUCGGUGCCCAAUGGUCCUCCGUCAAGCGCCAGCAGGAUGCCAGUAGUCCGAUCCCUCCCCAUCCCAUGCAGCAAGGAAUGCACUCCUCCCUCCUCGUCGCCCUGUCCAGACCGGACCUUGACCAAGACUACCAACACCAACAGCAGCAACAGUUACUCUUACAGCAACAGCAGGAACUACAGCAGUUACAGCAACAACAGCAAUACCAACAGGAGCAGCAGGCCUUGUUGUUACAACAGCAACAGCAGCAACAAGAACAACAGCAACAGGUUGCAACCAGUUCAUAUCCUGGAUCGAUGCUCGACCAUGCAGCUGCCCACAAUAAUACCCAGUCCGAACACCAGCGGGCCCUCCAACAGUUCAACGAGAACCAGAAGCAACAACAACUCUACCUCCAGCAGCUUCAAUUGAUGCAGCGACUGCAGUCCAUGCCCGGGAGCACUACUAGACCCUGGUACCCGACGUUUGGACCUGCUAUCACCACGUCCUGCAGCGACAGUACCAUCUUACUCGACAACCCGCACCAGUACCGCCUGAUCAACAAUGCCAAGCUCAAUCGCCACGCAGUAGGACCCCACUGGCGGUCUAUUCAGACAUCAUCCACCUACUCUCCUACACCCUCUCCACCUUCGUCAUCACCACAACUCCAAGCAAGAACUCUUGCUCCUUCCUCCUCUUCCUUGUCUACUUCUUCUUCCUCGUCGUCGCUGUCGACCAUGCCUGGUACCACCACAGCCCUACACGCAUACCUGUCGUCCACGUACUCCUCUGCGGCGUCGAUUGAUCAAGCUCGGGCCACCUCUUUUCACCAACACCAACACCAACACGGACACGGACACGGAGACGGGAUCGGAUCAAAUGCCCAGGACGAGCCCGUCCAUCAUCAAUACUACCAGUCUCACUCCUACCCUCAUGAUCCUCGCCAUCACCCUCACCCGGCCUAUCACCCAGGGAACUCCAGAGAAGCCCGGGAUACAAUCCCGUUGGCCAAUCGCGCUUCGCCUUUAACACCCGCUUCUGAGAGAUUCGCGGAUAGCUCUCGGAAGAUGAAGCGCAAGGCUGCCUGGCAAGAUCAGGAUAACAGCAACAACAACAUUAAUAACAACGAAAACGAUGACAGCAACGACGACGAGGAUGGGGACGACAAUGAAAGGAACAAUAGAAACCGCCAGGAUGAGAACGAUAGCGAACAACGGAUUAAUCCAUCGAUGAUGUCCUCUGAUUCACCUCAAGGUUUCCAGUCCAUGUCCUUAUCAGCAGGAAGCCCAUCCCGAUCCGAGUCACAGACAGCAUUGCGGCCUUUUUCUAUGCAGAGCUCGGUCCAGCAGUUUGUUCCCAUCACGACUUCCAGAGCCAAUCAAGGGGUCGACGCGGCAUCAUCUCAUCUUUUUGCUCCCAGUAGGAGUAAUAUGGCUGAACAGGACCAGGAUCAAGACAUGGGCAGUGUUGAUUCUUUCAACGUGAGCACCAAUGCUGCAUCCUUUCCCACGCCCUCCUCCCGUCCUAGUCCGAUGAGCAUGGAGACCAGCAGUGUGGAUCAGGAAGAUAUGGAUGUAGUGCUCACAUCAGCACCAGAGCCAGGAGUACCCAAGCAGUCGAAGCGGACCAAGCCACGACUCAACCCCAACGUCUUUGGAACUAUGUCGAUCGCAGAAACCUUAAGAGAGCAGUCAGGCGAACGGAUACAGGAUAUCUUUCAAGAGUGCUUCUACAACGCUGCCUCCUCAACCCGCGAGACAGUAUAG